ACCCCCUCGAUUUAGACCCACCUAGCCGAUCCGAUGGCAGACCCGGCCGAUUCUGGACAGGAUCGCAAGCGACCCCGGCUGGAGGAGGAGCAGCAGGAGCUCAAGGUGGCCGGCUUCUCGCUGAGCGCCAUCGAGGAGAUGCGGCAGACGCGGGACAACGAGCUCCAGAACGAGCCCAUGGACCAGCAGCUCCGCCAGUUCCAAGUGCUCGACGAAGUCGGCUCCGGCAGCGACGAGGAUGAUGACUCAGACGACGCCAGCGAGCAGCAGGGCGGCAGGUACGGCGAGGGAGGCGACGAGGAGGAGGAGGCGGCGGAUGGCGACGGCGAGGAAUACGAUUCCUCGGAAUUCGACGACGAGGAGAUCGAGAAUCUGCUCGACGAGAAGCUGCCGGACGAGCUGCGCGAGUCCAAGCAGCCCAAGUACGAGCAGCGAUUCAAGACUGUUUUAGAGGAGAAGCGCCUGAACCACUUUGAGGUGCUGCCCGAGGGCUGGGUGCAGGUGACCCACAACAGCGGCAUGCCGCUCUUCCUACACCGCAAGACCCGCGUCUGCUGCGCCUCGAGGCCCUACUUUCUGGGCACCGGAAGUGCCCGCAAGCAUGCCGUGCCCUUGGGAGCAGUUCCCUGCCUCAACUACCGGCGGGCUCUGGAAGAGGAGUCAUCGGAGCAGUCUCCUCCAGCAGCAGUGGCUGUUUGUCCCAUAACAGGAGCAGAUCCACCCGCAGAACCAAUGGAUGUGGAGGGCAAGGAGAACAACGAGGCCCAGCAAGAGGGAUUGACCGCCCUAAUGCCAGCUGCUAAAAUAGUCACCGUAAACGAGAACACCCAAAAGGAGUCCAUAACUCCAGAGCAACUGAACUCCUACUGCCAAAAGCUGUUCAAAUUCAAGGUUAUCCGGGUGCUGCGCUUCCGCAGCUGGAAUGCCCGACGCAAGUUCACCAAGAACCGCAAGCACAUCAAGAACAUCCAGCGGCCCACGCUGCCCGACGGCACCAAGCUCAUCAAGUUCCCCAUUCUGGCGGCCGCCGGCGAGGGAUCAGCGAAUACGCGAGGUCGCAAGGAGUGGAUCAUGAACCCGAACGGCAAGAGCUUCGUGUGCAUCCUGCACGAGUAUGUGCAGCACGCGCUGAAGACGCAGCCCACCUACGAGUUCAAGGAGCUGCAAAAUGCAGCCACUCCCUACUCGGCCACCGUAUCGGUGAACAAUCUCAAAUACGGAACGGGCUAUGGCACCAGCAAGAAGCAGGCCAAGUCCGAUGCGGCGCGCGAGACGCUGGAGAUACUCAUUCCCGAUGUCAAGGACAAGAUAACGGGCAACAACAAGGACCAAAAGAGCGGCACCGCCAAGAAGACAACGAGCGAUCUGUCUGUUUUCGAUGACAUCCGCAUUGAAGACCCUCGCGUCACCGAGUUUUGCAACAAGACGACGGAGCCCUCUCCCAAUGCCAUUCUGCUCACCUGCUUGCAGCGCAACUAUGGCAGCGAUGUGCAGAUCAACCAGGAGAUCAAUCGCACGGCCAACAACAAGAACGAGUUCACCAUGACUGUGGGCAAGCACACGGCCAAAGUGGUGUGCAAAAACAAGCGGGAGGGCAAGCAACUGGCUUCGCAAGCCAUUCUCCAGAUCCUGCAUCCGCACAUCCAGACGUGGGGUUCUUUACUCCGCCUGUAUGGCAACAACUCCAUAAAGACCUUCAAGGAGAAGAAGCUGGAGGAGCAGGAGAUCACCGUGCUGCAGAGCAAGGCGGCUGUGAACCAGCCCAACUAUGCCAUUCUGGACAAACUCAAGACCGAGAUGCUCAAGCUGUGCGCCAAGCAGGAGAGCGUCCUCACCAUGGGCACCUUUGUGCCGCCCAGCGACGUCGAUCUGCCCACUUCCUCCGGUUCGAAUCUGAAUAACGUCGAACUCUGAUUGGCGGACGACACACCAUCUCUCUUACCAACUCCGAUUCUCUAGAAGUGCAUGACAAGCGGUCCAUCUCCAAAUUCGAAAUGCUUACGACAACAACGACACGUUCUCUAGACACACGAACUGAUUCCAAAUCGGCCUUAAUCAUCGAAGCAAUAGUAGCGAGCCAAUCCCUGAACUGGCCAAUUAUGAACAAUUACUCUCAUCAAGUGGCUUUAGC